AAGACUGAAGGGGAGGAGCCGGUACACCUGUGCAAGACUGAAGGGGAGGAGCCGGUACACCUGUGCAAGACUGAAGGGGAGGAGCCGGUACACCUGUGCAAGACUGAAGGGGAGGAGCCGCUACACCUGUGCAAGACUGAAGAGGAGGAGCCGGUACACCUGUGCAAGACUGAAGGGGAGGAGCCGGUACACCUGUGCAAGACUGAAGGGGAGGAGCCGGUACACCUGUGCAAGACUGAAGGGGAGGAGCCGGUACACCUGUGCAAGACUGAAGGGGAGGAGCCGGUACACCUGUGCAAGACUGAAGGGGAGGAGCAGGUACACCUGUGCAAGACUGGAGGGGAGGAGCCAGUACACCUGUGCAAGACUGAAGGGGAG